AGGACCACUUUCCAACGACUGCAUUUACAUUACUACAUUCUGCGCCCCAGAUUGAGAUUUAUUUAUUAGACACUUUCCCUGUAUGAUUAUUUGUACCAGAACUUCGCUUGAUUACAUUAGGUAGACAUUUGAGUAUCAUUUUUCCUUGCUCGUCUACGAAAAAGCCAUGUUGCGUGUGGUGCUGCAAACACUUUUCUAUUUCGCCGGCCCCAUGGCCGUGGCCGCCGCCGCAGCUUCGUCCACCCCCGCCUCCAGCGCCCCUUCGCGACCUCCAAACGCCAUCCUGGCACCCCACAAAGCCUGCACGACCAAGUGUGGGGCGGCGCACUUCGCACCUACAACAACGGGGGACGCUAUUGCAAGGAAGACGAGGAUACGAUUUGGUUUCUCCGAAACGUCCGCUUUCCCGGAACUGAAAGAGACCGAAUGCGCGGAGUGCUACGACCCGGCGACACAGAAAAUACCGGAAGAGAAAAGUGUUACAGUUACACAUUGUGUUGCAGGCCAAGCAAGACAGACGAGCUCUGUCAUGCCGGAUAUGCAUAGGAGCCUCGUUUCAUAGGUGUUUGUUCCCCGUAGGAUUUCUGCAUUACAAGUUUUCUCGCUCAUGCAGAGAAAUUUGCGUUGCUGAAUUCACUACAAGAAAUGUGUAACUGUAACACUUUUUUCGUGGGAUAGAAAAGACAGCUGAACGAGUACGGUGUGCAUCCCAUGUUGGACAAGACCACUGACGAUAAAAAGUAUACUGGGUCUACUAGUACUUCCGCGGAUUUGGACGUGGCUGCUUCAUCUACCACCUCCUGCCGCGCACCCUAUGCGGAGAUAAAAACAGCAAACUUGAUGUCCCCGUCGUCCGAAGUAGUAGAUUCUGGCAAAAUUGUACCAAAUGCGCCGUCCUCCUCCCCGUCGUCCUACUGCUGCCGGGUCCGACUCUGUGGCAGGAGUGAGGAUCGAGAUAGUAGUAAUACGAGACGCAAUACCAAGGCAGGAGUACUAGUAGAGCCGCAAGGAGGAGGACAACGACAACAUCUUCACGACGAGAAAGAGCCGCGCGAAGAAGUAGAAGAAGUUCAAGGAGCUGCAGUAGAUGACGAGUCGGAACUACCUGUGAUACCCGAAGAAGAGGUGGAUUCGUUCUUCGAAUUCAUAUUCUACCAGUACUUCUACCGGUUUCUCCGCUCCCUCUCUAACGUUUUUUCCCUGAUCUUCCGCGCCCUCUUACCGGUCGAAUUUCUCGAAACGUAUUUGAUUUACCCGGUGUAUGGGAGUGUCAGGAUCGAAAUCGACAAAAUCGAAAAAUUUGUGAUGCAUAAAAUGUAGGGCACGCGACGCCUGUAUUGGGGAGCAGGCAAAUGAGACCGAUUGUAAGCCUGUUUAGGGGUAUACAAUGUGUUGCCAGAGUAGCAUGACAGGAGCAGUCUGCUUUGCCCAAACAGCAUGACAGACUGGAUUUUGGUGGUCCCGAAACUUGUCAUGCGCCACUUGGAAACUGAGGCUCCGACUGGCAUCGAUUUUGUGCAUCACAAGUUUUUCGAUUUUGUCGAUUUCGAUUCUGACACUUCCAUACGGUGAAAUUCCUGUUCUACGACUUCCUCUACGUCACUCUCAUUUCCGGUGUGUUCCUCGAGAACUGGCUUACCUGGGUCGUCUUGCUGAUCUCCUACGUUUUCGGAAAACGGUUUCUCCAGCGGUUGUUCGGACCGGAGAUCGUGAACGUGAAGACGCUAUGUACUGCAAAAGUAUCGUAUUCGUAUGAAUGCAUUACAAAUUGAGUUGCAUUACAAAUUGCGGAUUUAGAUUUACCUUAAGCAAAAGAUUUGUAAUGCAUGACUGCAAUUACUACGAGUGCGAUGCUUUUGCAGUUCAUAGACCCUGCGGAAAAGGAACGACACGCACGAGAAGAACGUGACCCCUGAGUUUCUGCAUAUCAAAUGCAACAAUGUCUGGGUCUGGAAGAUUUUGAGAUUUGUCAUGCUUGUCUGGCAUGACUAAAAAGUUUGUGAUGCGUGUCCGCGAAGAGAUCGUUUUGCCUGUCAUGCAAAAACGCAGUUUGUCAUGCGAAAAACGCAACACAAAGAAGCGCGCCUAUUUCUCAUGCUUGCCUGUGCAUUACAGAGCAUUCACUAUUCCCAACGCAGCAUUACAAGUUUCCAGACCCAGACAUAUUUGCAAUCCAUACUGCAAGCAGAUUUGCAAAAAGAGGAGUUCGCGCCGCUGGUUUUGCCGAGCUUCUACCUGUAUCCAGUGCAAAAGUAUCGUACUAGUCGUAGUAAUUGCAGAUAUGUGCACUACAAAUUUAAGUGUUGAACUGAAUCCGCAUUACAAAUUCAAUUUGUAAUGCUGGGCGAAUUUGUAUUGCAAUUUACACUACUAGUGCGAUGCUUUUGCAAUCCAUAACCUGAAGUGGGAUUACGAGGAAAAGGUGAAGGAAAUCGUGAAGGAGGAAGUGGUAUGAACUGCAAAUGUAUCGUACUCGUAUAAAAGCAUUACAAAUUGUCUCAGCAUGAGAAAUCAAAUUUGUCAUGCUGAUUCACGUAAAGAAAAAUUUUUGUAUAAUGCACGACUUGCAUUUAAUAUACGAAUACGAUACUUGUGCACAGGAUAAAUGGAAAAACGCGUUUCGGAAUCAAGUUCCCAGGGCGUCGUGGCAGCUGCACCAGGGACGAGUAGCAGCCCGGGGUGGAGGAAAACAACAACAAGUCCUUCCGGUGAAAAAAUAAUGUCAGAAAUAGAGAUGGUAGGUCACGACCGCCUCUCCCCACCAGGAUCGCCCCUGAGCUUGCCCGCGGUCACGCCAUUGUUUUCGCCGUCUGUUCCUGUCGAGGACGGGCUGCAGCUGGUGACUACAGGAACUACUCCUUCUGGCGGCGAUUUGCGCCUGCGGAAUCAUUUAAACAAGGGAGAUAGUAGUACAAGUAUCGGUAUGCAGCAGGGCAGUGGUGAAAGAGCAAACUCUCAACGACCGAGUCAAACAGAGACGCAAACUACCAUCGCACAGGUGAUCACUGCCGCGACUUCUUCCACGCCUACAAGAAGAUCCCUAGUAGCCAAGACGACCGGCAGCCCCUUGCUGCAAUCGAAGAAACCCUUGGCGCAGCCGACGAUGCUGAUACCGUAUUCCUACGUCGGCCCUGCGCUGAAGCAGCUGCAGAUAACUCCAUCAAUACCAACCAAAAACCUAGUAGAGAAAGAGAAAGACAGCGAGCAGAGCGAUGUCAGCGAGGACGACAGCAAUGAGGGGAUGAAAUCCCCGUUGAAUAGCACGCUGACCGCGGACGGGGCGCUCGAUUUUUCGCUUAACCGGGAGGACAAGGACAUUGACUUCUCCACCGAACUUCCCUUACUGACUCCGAUGAAAUCUUCUGCGGUCGUGGCUUCGCUGAGCAGUAAUAAACAACUACAACCCGAGUUUAAUAAUAAUGUUCCCGCUGCUAGUACAGUAAGAACCGCUGCAAGUUCUUCGUUCUCGCCGAGUACUAGACCAGUGUCCCGAAGCUACUCCGCGAUGCACUUAUACGAGCACUACAAAGACUACCAACGGGGGCAACAGCACCAGGAGGAGCAAUUAUCGGUGAAAAAUAAAGCCGCGACAAGUAGUGCGAGACCGACGACGUCGAAAGUUACCACGACUUCCAACGUCGGCAUGGGAACAUUAUGCUGUGCAAAAGUAUCGUACAACUCUAUAUUGCAAAUACGCAUGACACAUCUUUCUCCUGAGGUAAAACAGCAUUACAAAUUCCAUUUUUCUUCUUGCCAAAGUUUGUAAUGCAAUUUGUACUAGUACGUUACUUUUGCAAUGCAUAAACAUCUUCCAACAGCAACACCUACGAACUUGGGCAGACGCCGCUGCUGUGCUUUGUGAACCCGAAGUCUGGGGGACAGGAGGGGUACAACGUUUUACGAAAGUUGCGCUCGAUCCUGCAUCCUCUGCAGGUGAUUAACUUGAAGGAGAAGGUCGAAAUCUACGAGCCCAUUGACGUUCUGAAGUGGUUCAUACAAACCUUUGGCGCGUCCCGGGUCCGGAUUCUGAUCUGCGGCGGGGACGGAACCUGCGACUGGGUGCUAGACAUGCUCGACCAGCUGGACAGCAAGUACGGCCCAGAACUCUUUCAGCCGGACGAGAACUACCCGCCGGUGGGGAUCUACCCGCUCGGGACGGGAAAUGACCUAGCGCGGGUGUUUGGUUGGACCAACGACUCCCCUUUUGCCUACCGGCCGACGUCUUCCUCGGGAUCGGGGAGUCUGGUGCAGAACCAGUUCUCUUCCGCCCGGUCGCUGUUCGCAAAUUACCUGCUGAGAACGACGAAACUCUUUUCCAGUGAAAAGCACGGCUAUGAGAGUGCACAGCCCGCUCCCCCCUGUCAUUUGUAUUGCAUGAGCAGCAAUUAUACAAGCGUCAGCAGGAAUGCAGGUUUUGCAUGACAAAUCUGCGCAGCAUUGUAGUGCCACUUGGGCUGCCAGAACUUGUCAUGCAAACAAUGCCACGAGGCAACCAAAGCACGGACUUGGUAUUUUGCAUGAUAAAUGAGGGGGAGGGGGAGUUGUGCACUUUCAUAACGGUCUGAACGUGCUGCCGAGGAACGACCCAAUCCGCGAGUACUUGACGGAGUUAGUGACCGCGCGGGCUUUAUCCUGAGCAAAAAUGUCCCCACACCAGAGUCAAGAUGGGAAAUCCGCUAGACAAAUCCAUAAGCUUUGGCUGUUUCGCAUGACAAAUUUGGACGCGUAGUGUAGUGCUGUUUGAGCUAGCUAAGCAGCAUUACAGAUCUAGUAUCUCAUUGUUGAUUGGCGCAUUACAGAUUUCCAAACCGCAUUGGAAAAUGCUUCUCAUGGGGCUCCGCAUGAGAAACAUUUUAAGCAUGCAGAAUUGCAUGACAACUAUGGUGUGGGGACGUUUUUACACAAGAUAGGUUUGCUUCCUCGAUCGCUGGCAGGUAACGACUUACGUGAAGAAGAAGCCAGCCAAGCCACGGAAGACGACAGGGGCAAAAAUGAACCUUGCGGAGACCAUAUCCAAGAAAAAAACUGUGUAAAUGUAACUUUGUGUUGCAGACGUAUGUAAAACACUUAUCCCCUGUCAUGCUGGUCAUGCAUCAGAGGCUCUUUUCGUAAGUGUUUUCACAUACUACCUACGCAUGACAGGUUUUCUGUGUCAUGCAGAGCAAACUUGUGAUGCUAUUCCUCCAAGAAGGUUACAUACACUAACACAGUUUUUUUCUUGGAUAGACCAUCAGGAAUACCGGGUUUGCGCUCGAACAGAGAGUGGUGGCAUAUCCUGAGUAAAAACGUACCCACACCAGAGUUGUAAUGCAGAUUUGCAAAGACAGGAAGACUUGUAAUGCGCAUCCGCAAGAGAGCAAUUUUCAGUCGUGUUUUGGAAUUUGUGAUGCUGUGAACAGGAUGAGCAGAUGAAUCUGUGAUGCGGCUGCACUUGCUAACCUGCACUACACUGCAGAGUGCAACUUGUCAUGCGUGACUCACAAAACUCCUAGGUUUGUCUUGCAAAAUCCCCAUCCUGACUCUAGUGCGGGUACGUUUUUACUCAGGAUAUGGCAAGGUACUCAUUUAAGUACAACAAGUGUGUAUAUGUCUCUCGUUGUUCUUCUGCAUGACAGAUUUAUUGUUUCUACCUUUCUUUAUUCUGUUCCCCUUUCCGCAUGGCAAGUCACUGUCACUAUUUUCCAUUCGAUGCGAGUACAAUAUAAACGAAACUACAAACCAGUCUCCGCGGUCGCAGUGGCAGCGGAAAGUCGUCAAGUUCUUCUCCGACCGAGGACCGAGGGCCGUCUAUCGUGAGAAAACAUCGUCCCUCCCCAUACUCACAGUGGAAAUUAUUUGUGAUGCUGAUUUGUGGCCACAAAUCACUCAGCUUGCACAUGAGGCAAAUGGGAGCCGUGUGGCGCAUUCCGCGGCCAAGCUGUCAUGCGCUUUUUCCUACUGCAAAGCUGUCUGCCAUGUCUGAGUGCUAGCCUUUUGCAUACCUAAUCAGGCUGAGUAUGUUGUACCUGCGAGCGCUUACUGCAAUACAACGCUGAUUUGUGUACGCAUGUCCAGCAACAGAAAUUUCCGCUUGUUCAAUAUGGUGAGGGGGCUUUUUUCACUUUGAUACCGUCGGUACAGGAGGGAAGCUCCGCGGGUGAAGAAACGCCAGCAGGAGGUAAUAUUCCCUUUCCCGCAUCAACCCCCCUCACCAGCCUGGCAGACGAGGAGGGAGGUCAUCACGAUGCGACAUUUGCACUAUCAACUGUAAAAAUGUCUGGGUCUGGAAGGUCGCCAGGUUUGUCAUGCAUAUUUUGCAUGACUCAGGAUGUCUGUAAUGCAUGGUCUAGCAUCGCAUAUUUUUAGAGGCCUUCCUGAUGCCUAUCUCGCAUGACAAAUGCCCUCCCCCCGUAGCACAAACUGGGCUCCCCUUGCUGGUCAUGCAAUACAGAUUUUUUUAGCAUCCGAAGUUAGCAUCACAAGUUCCGAUCUUCCAGACCCAGACAUUUUUACAUUUGAUAUGCACAGCCCAUCAGCCAAACCAGCUCCGCGAGUUCGGCGGCUGUCCUUGCUAACAUGCCCUACACUACGGACUGCAAUCUGUCAUGCGUGGCUCCCAAAACUUCUGGAUUUGUGUUGCAAAGUUCCGAACUUGUACUUGACUAUGGGGCGGGAACAUUUUUACAUAUGAUAUCGUGAAUCGCCAGGGUUUUCGGAUCGCAGUUGGCAAGCCGGAUGCGGUCUGGGGAAAGACUUUUAGUAUGAUCAUCUCUUUUUGUCACGGAAACAACCGCAGCACCAGUCGUGGGCGGGUAUUGCGGCGGGAUUAGCAAGGUUUCGAUGUCUGCCCGGCGUAACUUCCACUGCUUGACGGUACUGACUGGAAUUGCGAAUUCGUCGUCCUCUUCGUCUUGUUGUUGUUUUUCCGCAGGAGCUCCUGCUUCUCCGCUGUGCACCAUCCCGUGCCUCAAUGGGAAAACUGGUUUGUCGAAUUCCGACUCUUCAGCAGCAGUGGCUGUCAUCUUUACUACCCCAUAGAUCGGGUGUCGGUACUGUUUUUCAAACUGCUUGUUGACUUCUCUCUGUGCUAGCUCCGCUACUCGGUUCGCUUCCUGUUCCAGGUAGUCGUGAUCUUUUUUGUCAUGCAAACGCUCCGUAAUUCCACUUGCAGCAGGCUGACCGUCUUCAUCUUCACCCUCAACAUCCCCCUCUUCCGCCGAUGUUCUAGUUGAAAAGUGCUUGAAAUAACCCCGGUCAACGAAGUGAAAGCCCGUCCCGGUUUGAAAGUUCUUCGACAAAUUCAACUGCUGUUUCCGCAUCCGGCUUCUUUCUAUAACCCGCUCAGAUGUUACAAUCUCAAACGUUACAAUAGAAUCUGAGAUUUGUGUUGCAUGUUGAGCAUGACAACCUCGCAGAGCGUUCCACUUUCUGCAAUACAAAUUUCGCCAGAUUGUAGUGGGUUUUGGGGAUUUGCACAGCCCAUCAGCCAAACCAGCUCCGCGAGUUCGGAUCGCCAAAAUACUCAAACGGUGAAGCCCCCGCCCAGCAGAACCUCGACGAAAGACGAGUCUGUCGCCGUUUUGCAGGAAUUUUUAACCCAGAUCCUAUCAAAUGCAAAAGUGUCUGGGUCUGGAAGAGUGCAUGUUUGUCAUGCUUGUCUGGCAUGACUCUUAAAUCUGUCAUGCACGUUACCCAAGAGCCCCAAAUUGCUGUCAUGCAGAAACGCAGUUUGUCAUGCAGAAUAGGCAACACCUAGAAGCUCAAAAGCUUGUCAUGCUGAGCCAGCACUUGUGGCCUCUUCAUGAUACGCCACCCAGCAUCACAAGUUUCCAGACAUCCAGGGAUUUUUACAAUCCAUAGAUCCAGGACGAGGACAAAAUCAAGAAAAUCAAGGAGCAGCAUAUAACCCGCUCAGGUGUUACAAUCUCAACUGUUACAAUAGAAUCUGGAAAUCUGUGAUGCAAGAACUGCAUGAUCUAGCCUACUCCCAUAGGAUUGCGCAUGACAGGUUUCGGAGUCCCAAACCCACCUGAAAUCCGGCAAAAUUUGUAUUGCGAAAAGCUCAAUUCUCUCUGCGUUCCUCAUGCUCUUCAUGCAACACAAAUUCCAGACUCUAUUGGAACGUUUGAAUACCACACAAUUCUCAUACGCAAGAACCACCCGAAAGAUGAACUCGGGACUAUGCAUCCAGUAUAAAAACAUCCUCUCUUCCCGAGAAGAAGAAGUCACAAAUAAACAAAACCUAUGUAUCAGGUUCCAAACCUCCAACCGGAGACAGUGCUAGCAGUAGCGGCACGACCAGUUCUAGCGGCGACAACAUCAUCAAUACCACACCAAGCGGUCUUGCCUUGGAUAAGAAAGCCCGUGCGUUACAGCGGCAAAACCCGGUGUUUCUGUCCAGUAAGUACCUCGCGCCUGUUUCGACGAGUAAUGGUAAAUCUGGAGGUGGCGGUUCCAGUGAGGAUACAGCGAAGAUGAAAAUAAUGGACGAUAGAAUCCCGGUGGAUGAGUUAGUUUCGUUGAAACGAACCAACUCGAUGGCAAACGGGUCAUCUUCGGUGGAGUGUGCACAGCCCAUCAGCCAAACCAGCUCCGCGAGUUCGGACGGUGGACCACACGACCUGCAGAACAAUAUGAUCAUCCCUGCUGACUCUAUCCCAGGCAAGUAUGUCUGGUUCUUGUCUGGAAACUUGUAAAAGUGCUGAGUUGUGAAUAGUGAGUGCAGCUCUCCUCUAAUGCACAGCCAAGCAUGAGUAGAAAUAGUGGCGCGGCUGAGUGUAAUUGCGUUUUCCUCAUGACUAACUGCGUCAGCAACUACAGGGUCACUUCUUGGACGCGCAUCACAAACUGUUUAGUCAUGCCACACCAGCAUGACAAACCUUGCAUCCUGCCAGAACUACCCCAGACCUAUUUGCAUGGCAUAGCCUCCGAUAGCUCGAUGCGAGGUGGAUCGGAAAAUGAUAUUAACACUAACAAAUCUACUGAAUACGAGCAGUACACCGUUCACCAGCAGCGCGUCGCGUCAAACUACAUCGGCAUCGGGGCGGACGGGGCGGUGAUCACCAAUUUUCACGAUUUAUCGUAUUUACAAACGUCCCCACCCAGUAGUUGUAAUGCAAAUCUGCAUGCACUGCUGAAUACGAGGAUGAGUAAUGCAAAUCUGCAUGCUGCAUGCAAAUCUACUGAAUACGAGGAGGGAGGUCAUCACGAUGCGACAUUUGCACAGCCCAUCAGCCAAACCAGCUCUGCGAGUUCGGACGGUGGAUACCUGCAGAAUAAUGGUAAAACAAGGAAUCAAGUUAAGUUCAUGGAAUCAAGUUAAUUGGAAUCAAGUUAAACCUGGAAUCAGGUUAUAUGGAAUCAAGUUAAACCUGGAGUCAAGUUAUAUGGAAUCAAGUUACUCUCUGGAAUCAAGUUGAAUGGAAUCAAGUAAACCGCCACAACUUCACCCCCAUCAAUCCUUCGCCUCGCAAUGCCUCGCCGACCUUGGAAGAAUCUGCUGCUCUUUUUGUGCUUUGUGAUGGGCAUACCCUCGUGCCUAAAGUUCUCCUAACUGUUUUUCAAACGCGGCCACGUUUAUCAAACAUGUCUGGUUUUUCUUGCUCUGGUGGAUAGAGACGUGGCGAAUAAUGUUAGAGCUAAGCUCCUUCGCGCGCCCGUCGUGUUUUGCGGCCCUCUUUCGAAUGUUGUCGGGGCUUUCGCCUUCCGAAGUUCCCGGGAUUCGUUCCAUGUGUUUCUCCUUCCUUCGCAAGGUGUGUGUCUCUGGGGAUUCCCUUUUCAUUUCGCCGUCCCUCGGAAGAUCCAUCCGUCCCUCUCGGAGUUCCAUGCCCGUUUCGCCUUCUCUCGGAAGAGUCAUUGCUCUCGGGAUUCCGCCUCCACUUCGCCUUCCUGGGGAUGGUGUCAGUCUCGGGGGAUUCCGUUUCGCCUUCCAGCGGAAGGUGUCUCAGGGGACUCCAUUUCGCCCUCCUGUGGAAGGUGUCUCGGGGGGCUCCAUUUCGCCUUCCUUGUCCUUCGGCAGGUCUUUCCGGGGAUUCUAUUUCGCCUCUUUCGGAAGGUGUCUUUGGGGAUUGGCAGGGCUCUCCUCUCUGGGAGUUCCAUCUUGUCUUCCCGAUUUUCGGGGUUUCCGCCUGCGGCACUAAGGGGCCGAAGCUUUACCUCAGGCGUUUGGCGUUUGCCUUCGCCUUGGGGAGAUCCGGGCUUUUUACCUUCGGAAGCGCCGAAGCUUUCACCUUCGGAGGCUUCGAAGCUUCUCUGGCUUCGGCAGCCCCGGGCGUCUCGCCUUCGGAAGCUCUGGCGGGUCUCUCCCCGGCGUAAGGUCCGCAGCUUGAUUUCCUCUCGGGGGUGUCGGAGUUGUUUACUUCCUGGCCGGCGCGAAGCUUUCGCCACCGACUCCCGAUUGAAUGGCCCGAGCUUAUUUACACCUCCUGCGCGACGGGGGCUUUUCGGGGUUUUUCUGUGCCCGUGCUCGCCGAGGCCUUUUGGAUUCGGUUUCGGAGCGCGCAAAUUUGCCGCUGUCCGGGGCUGCGCGUGUGUGCUUACAGCUUACUUUUGCGCUGGGGUCCCCGGGUUGGUUUUUUCUUUUGUGUCUCGGGGCCUCGUCACAUCCACGCUCGCUCGCCCCGGGGGCCCGGAGCAUGGCCCGUCGGAAGGCGGGCCACCCCGCCUUCGGUGAAGGUAGGCGAGGUGCCCGGAUCAUGCGGCUUUCCCUUCCGGGGGAGACCCAGGGCGUUGCCUUCUGUGAAGCCAGGAAUUGCAUUCCGCUGCCGGCAGGGCUACAAUUUACUUCCGGGGGAGCAGAUGCCUGCCGAUCCGGAGGUACGUAUCUAUGAGAGCUCUUCGCGGUUGCGGAGGUAAUGGGAACUGCGGGGAGCUUUUGACGGAAACGGGAAGCGGGACAUGCAACGCCAUUCCACGUACUAACGGGAUUCCAGGGAUCAACUUGAUUCCACGCAACGGGAUUCCGGGACCCAACUUGAUUCCAGUCAACUUGAUUCCAGAACCCAACUUGAUUCCCUUUAACUUGAUUCCAGAUACCAACUCGAUUCCAACAAUUUGAUCAACUUGAUUCCUUGGACGUCCCAUCAGCCCAUCAGCCAAACCAGCUCCGCGAGUUCCGACGGUGGAUACCUGCAGAAUAAUAUCAUCCCCGCUGACUCUAUCCACUGCAAAUAUGUCAUCUGGUUCUUGUCUGGAAACUUGUAUAAAGUGCUGAGUUCGAGUUGUGAAUAGUGAGUGCAGCUCUCCUCUAAUGCACAGCCAAGCAUGAGUAGAAAUAGUGGCGCGGCUGAGUGUAAUUGCGUUUUCCUCAUGACCACUAACUGCGUCAGCAACAGGGUCGCUUCUUGGACGCGCAUCACAAACUGUGCAGUCAUGCCACACAAGCAUGACAACAAACCUUGCAUCCUGCCAGAACUUCUACCCCAGACCUAUUUGCAAUGCAUAGCCUCCGACAGCUCGAUGCGAGGUGGAGCGGAAAAUGAUAUCAACACUAACAAAUCUACUAUCACAGGAAAAAAGUGUUACAGUUACACAUUUGCUGUAAUUUCAGCAUCACAAAUUUGCUCUGCAUGGCAAAGAAAACUUGUAAUGCGCAGUAGACUAUAAGGGAAAAUACUAAUGAAUAUGAAAUGACGCUGGCAAGCGUUUCCUGCAUGACAGAGGUUGUCUGUCUUGCUUGUCUUGCAUGAGAGUGUGUAACUGUAACACUUUUUUCUCACGAUAUCUAGUGAAUACGAGCAGUACACCGUUCACCAGCAGCGCGUCGCGUCAAACUACAUCGGCAUCGGGGCGGACGGGGCGGUGAUCACCAAUUUUCACGAUUUAUCGUAUUUACAAACGUCCCCACCCAGUAGUUGUAAUGCAAAUCUGCAUGCUGAAAAUGUUUCUCAUGCGUAGCCCCAUGAGAAGCAUUUUCGUUUUCCGGCCGUGUUUUGCCAUUUGUCAUGCUCCAAUCAGCAUGAUGUGCUAGAUCUGUGAUGCUGCUGCGCUAGCUCAAACAGAACUACACUACGAAUCCAAAUUUGUCAUGCAAGACAGCCAAAGCUUGUGGAUUUGUCUAGCCGAUUCGCCAUCUUGGCUAGGGGGUGGGGCCGUUUUUGCAUAGGAUACGAUUUCCGGGAAGAACUACCCGGAUUUUUCGUAUGGCAGAAGCUCAACGUCUGGUACUACAUGGCGCUCGGGUUGAUCGAAGUUAUUCUGCGGUCGUGUAACGACUUGCCAUAUCAAAUGUAAAAAUGUCUGGGUCUGGAAGAAUGCAGAAGUUUGUCAUGCAGAUUUUCCAUGACCCAUGAGGACUGUGAUGCAUGCCGUAGCAUCAGAGACUCUGCGAGAUCUUUCUGAUGCUCAUACCGCAUGAGAAACGCCGUCUCCGCGUCGCGCAAAGUGCACCUCUUAUGCUGUUCAUGCAAUACAGAUUUUAUGUAGAGUCCAAACGUAGCAUCACAAGUUCCAACUUUCCAGACCCAGACACUUUUGCAAUACAUAUGCCGAAGCGAGUGAAGAUCACGUGCGACAACCGCGAAUACGUUUUGGAAGACGGAAACAUCGAAGGGAUUAUAUCAAAGUGAAAAUAAAAGCCCCCACCCAAUACUCACGAAGACAAUUUGUGUUGCUGGAUUUGUGUAGACAAAGGAACUUUUUAUUGCAGCAAGUAGAGCUUGUCGGCAUAUAAUUCUAGGGCCGUUUGGGUACUACGCAUCGGGCUAGCAGCUGAGCAUGAGAAACAUGUCUGACAUAGGCGAAAACGCAUGACAGACUUACUGCACAAUGCGCCACAUGGGUGCCAUUUGCCUUGUACGCAAGACAAAGCUGAUUUGUGCUCACAAAUCAGCAUCACAGAUUUCCUUUUCGAUAUGGGGAGGGGGGAUUUUUCCUCACGAUGCCUCAUCAUUUCCAACAUCGGUAGCUACGCGGGAGGGUCCCGUCUGUGGGACGGCACCGCUGAUUUCCGGGAGAUUUUGUUGGAAAACAACGAGUUGCUGGGCGCAAAAUCAUCUGCCGCACCGGAUUUUUCCCCCCCGCAGAGCCGCAUGACGAGCCGGGAUAGCAGUCCGAUCUCGGGCCCGAUGGCGAUCGGAAGCUCCCGACUGUUUGUCCGCAGUACGAAAGGUGAGGAUCCGGAUCCUGAUUCGGAAGUAGGUGCUGGUGGUACUGUCGGGGGACCACUCUCGACAACAAGUAGUGACGACCAUUAUCGUGAUCAUAUGAAGAACUUCUACCCUGGUCGUGCAGGCAGCAGUCCAGGCACGCAGACUGACUCGGACAACUCCCCAUCUGGGUCGGUGGGCAAAAACAGAUCCGGAACUUCUUCUACCUCUCCGACAAAGGAAGAACUUUCGUCCUGCUUUCAAAAAAUAAGCCCCGGCGCGGAUGAAAAGAUAUUGAACGAGGACUCUGUGCAAAAAACUACAAAAAGCAAGAUGCCAGGAGCAGCUGCCAGACACGCGACGAACACGGCAACCAGUUCCCCGACCUUCAGCGCAGCGAGCUCGAUCCACAACCCGUCCAGCUUCCACGAUAAUUUACUCGACGUGGUCUUGAUCCGGGGCGCAGAACACCUAGCGCUCAUCUCGAUUGGCAUGGAUCGGGCGAUCCGGCUGUGUAUCCUGUGCAAAAGUAUCGUAAUCGUACUAAUUCCAUUUAUAUGCAUAUACAAAUCCUCUAGUUCCCACAGGCAAAUCCGCAUUACAAAUUCAAUUUGUAGUAUCCUGAGGCAAUUUUUAUUGCAAUUACCACUAGUGCGAUCAACUUUUGCAAUUCAUACUGUGUCAGUGCAAAAAGAUCGAAAUCGACAUCAAUUCCACGAAGCCGAUUCCCCUGCAAAUCGACGGCGAACCGUGGUCGCAGCCGGGGAUCAGUAAGAUGACGAUCGAGUUGAAACAACCGAGGCAGCAUAUUCUGAGUAAAAACAUCCCCACCCCAGAGUUGUCAUGCAAAUCUGCAUGCCAAAAAAGUUUCUCGUGCGGAGCCCUAUGAGAAGCUUUUUCUAGUCGUGUUGUGGGGUUUGUGAUGCUAGAAAUAGCAUGAUGCGCUAGAUCUGGAGCUAGCUCAACAGGAUUACACUACGAGGCCAAAGUUGUCAUGCGCAACAAGCAAAGCUUGUUGAUUUGUCUAGCAGAUUUCCCAUCUUGACUCUGGUAUGGGGACGCUUUUACUCAGGAUACAGCAGGUGGUGAUGCUGAAGAAGAUCGAGCAUGGGCUGGGCGAAAAGGCGUUCGUGAAAACUUUGCAGUCCGGGAUAGAGAAGGGGGUUAUCUUGCCGUGGCAAAGGGACGCGCUGCUGAAAGAAAUGAGCCUUUGUUUGACCGCGGAGGAGGGCCGGGUCAGUUUUAUGACAGUGCACAACCCCCCCUCCCCCUCAUUUGUCAUGCAAAAUACCAAAUCCAAGCGCUGCCCUGUGGUACUGUUUGCAUGACAGAUCAUUCCGGAAGCCCAGACACUACUAGAUUACGCGCAUGAACUUGUCAUGCACAGCUACACAUGUGUGGGUGUUUGUAUUGCUGUUCAUGCAAUACAAAUGAGGGGGAGGGGGAGUUGUGCACUUUCAUAAGUUUGUUCCCGUAUUGAUUAAAGCAGAAGGAAACGUCGCAAGAACUGAUGUUAUUAUACACGUCAAGAAGUAGAAGAAGAAGAACAAGUACAAAAAGUAGCUACUUCACUGUAUGAUUGUAUUAGCAAAAACAACUACAACGACGAGGAGGGACGACACGACAUGUCGCAGCGAAAGUAGACAUAGAGCAAAAUGCACACGACUCAAGUUGUAAACCACUUGAUUAAACUACUGCUUUUUCUUUUCACUUCUACCCCUAGCGGAGGUGGUCCACGUGCAAAGUUUUUCCCCCAAGGAACCGGUAUUUAAUCAUAAUGAACAACACAAACCUCGUCUUUGAGUUUGAUCUACAGCGUCGACUUCUCCCCACGACGCAUGGAAGAAGCUCUUCUGAUGUGCCCAGGCCAAAUGUCAUCGGAUUACAAUGCCCUUACAACUUGAACUUCUGUUGUGCGGGCACCAGCCAACUUUAUAAUUCGCAGCCGGUUGUUGCAUGUUUAGC